UUUAUAUUUAUUUACUUUCAAUAAAGUAGUAAUUUUCGUAUAUUUAAUCAAUGCAUCUUCCUCAUUCCACUCCCAUUGUUAUUAAUUAAUCCUCCUGCUUCGAUCUGUUUCUUUCUAAGUUUCAGAGCUUCUCAUCACUCCAGCCUACGCUUUUCUUCUUCUUCUUCUUCUUCUUUUGAAGAACCCUAAAGCCAUUCACUUAGUUCCAUUUUCAAAUGCAGCUUCUGUUCCAAUGAAGAAGUAAAAUAAGAACUGAGAAAAAGAAAAAGAGAGGUUUUGGCUAGUGAAAAUGCGAGUCAAGGAAAUGCACCCGUUGUGCUGUAUCUCUCUCGAAAGUCCCGGGAUCGGGAGCGACUCGCCGGAGCCAGAUGCCGCGGCGCUGUCCAGAACCAGGAGUCUUCCGGCGGGUGGAUCUGACGGCAUUGCGCGCCGGGGAUCAGAGGCUUCGGUCGCUGGCGUGCUCUACAAGUGGACCAAUUACGGCAAGGGAUGGAGAUCCCGGUGGUUCCUCCUCCGCAAUGGCGUCCUCUCUUAUGCCAAGAUCCGGUGGCCGGAAAACCUCAAUCUUCUCUCUCCCGUUGACGAAGUUCGCCUCAUCGGAGAAGUCACCGCCACUCGCCUCGCCAGAGACGCCGCCACCACCAUGCGCCGGAAGAAUCACAAACCUCCUUCGUCUUCCUCAUCAUCCGCCGUCGUCCAUCUCAAGAUCUCGUCAUUUAGAGAGAGCAAAUCAGACGACAGGCGGUUCUAUAUAUUCACAGCAACGAAGACUCUCCAUCUGAGAACUGAUUCGAGGAAAGACCGUGUGGCGUGGAUUCAAGCUUUGGUGUCAACCCGUGGCUUGAAUCCUCUUCGACCACUUAGUGAUCAUCUCUCCCUCGCACCAAAUCAUAUAUCUGUAUCAACCGAGAGGCUUAAGAAACGCUUGGUUGAAGAGGGUAGCAGUGAGAGCCUUGUCAAGGAGUGCGAGCAAAUCAUGCUCGCUGAGUUCUCCGAAUUACAAGAGCAAUUUCAGAUCCUAUGUCAUGAGCGAUCCAAUUUACUUGAUACAAUAAGGCAGCUGGAGGCUGCUAAUAUUGAACCUGAGGCCUCUGCCUUGCAUGUUGGCGAAUACCAAUUAACAAAGAAUGAGUUUUCAAGUCUAGGACGUGGAAAAUAUAGUGAAUGCAGUACAACUGAAUCAUCUGAUGAUAUCGAGAAACAGGAGAUGGAGGAAGUGUCAGAUGAAGAUGAAAUCUCGUUUUAUGACACUAAAGAGUAUUUUACAGAACCGGGUUUUUGGUGUGGCUCAGCAAGACCUUUGGAUACUCUGAACAUGUCUGGGGAAGCUAACACACAAUGCAUUGAUUUGGAGAAUAGCCUUGUUGAGAAGACGAUCAAUGAUUAUGGGUACCCUCAGAUAGCAAGGCGAAAAAAGCUUCCAAAUCCUGUUGAGAAAGAGAAGGGCGUUAGCCUUUGGUCAAUUAUCAAAGACAAUGUGGGCAAAGAUCUUACACGAGUUUGUCUUCCUGUAUACUUUAAUGAACCAAUAUCAUCUCUUCAGAAGUGUUUUGAGGACUUGGAGUACUCUUAUCUUCUGGAUAGAGCUUAUGAGUAUGGAAAAUCAGGAAACAGUCUCCUUCGGGCGCUGAAUGUUGCUGCCUUUGCCGUUUCUGGAUAUGCAUCGUCCGAAGGUCGUCAUUGUAAACCCUUUAAUCCUUUGCUAGGGGAAACUUACGAAGCUGAUUAUCCUGACAAAGGAAUUCGCUUCUUUUCUGAGAAGGUGAGUCACCAUCCAACUGUGGUUGCGUGCCACUGUGAAGGUAGAGGGUGGAAGUUUUGGGCUGACAGCAACAUUCGUUCAAAGUUUUGGGGAAGGUCAAUUCAGCUUGAUCCAGUGGGAGUUUUGACCCUAGAGUUUGAUGAUGGUGAAAUAUUUCAGUGGAGUAAGGUCACGACUACAAUUUAUAAUCUUAUCCUUGGCAAAAUAUAUUGUGAUCAUCAUGGGAGCAUGGACAUCCGUGGUAAUCGCCAAUAUUCUUGCACACUCAAGUUCAAAGAACAAACGAUUCUUGACCGAAAUCCUCACCAGGUGCAUGGCUUUGUUGAAGAUGUAAAGGGAAAAAAAGUUGCCUCAUUAUUUGGCAAGUGGGAUGACAGCAUGUAUUAUGUUAGUGGUGAGGUGAAUGUGAAGCCUAAAGAUUUCACUUCGUCAGAUGCAACCUUGUUGUGGAAAAGGACUAAGCCACCACUUAAUCUCACCCGAUACAAUUUGACAUCAUUUGCUAUCACGCUGAACGAGCUUACUUCGGGACUACAGGAGAAGCUUCCACCCACGGAUUCCAGGCUGAGACCAGAUCAGCGGCACCUAGAGAAUGGGGAAUACGAGAAGGCUAAUAUGGAGAAACAAAGGUUGGAGAAGAGGCAAAGAAUGUCAAGGAAAAUACAAGAAAAUGGAUGGCAGCCUAGGUGGUUCCACAGAGAAGAUGGAAACGGAACAUUUCGAUAUAUUGGCGGGUAUUGGGAAGCGAGAGCUUUGGGAAGAUGGGAUGGAUGCCCAAAUAUAUUUGGUGAAUUUCCUGAAGGCAAUUUUGAUCCUUCAGGUGCAUCUUAAUUUUAGUUCAGAUAAUGAAAAUGAAUGCAAUUUAGUCUGGUGAGGGUUUAUCUUGAACCUUCUUGCAUGGCGGUGACUUGUUUUAUUGAAUCGAAGGGAGAGUAGACUAUGGAACCUACGAAAAUGUGGCUCUUUAUUUCUGCUUGGGCAGGUUUGUGGAUUGCCCUUGUGUUACUUCAUCAUCAACAAAAAACAAGGAAUAACAUAAAUAACUUGAAACGAUUUUAUCUGAAAGGUGUUUUAUGAAUUUAAAUGAUUUCAGUCGCCUGCGGGUGGUGAAGUUAUAACUUUCUUAACCUAAUGGACCACGCAUUGCACGUACGCAGCUCCCCAGAGAGCUGUGGUCCACCAAGAAUAUCAAGUUGAGGCUGAUACUUCAUCUAGAUGAGAGCAUAUAUGUGAGCAAAGAUUUCAGCUUAGCAACAGUUCCUAGAUUAGGUUGUCUAGAUUGUCAAUCCUUUUUUUUUUCGUAAGUUUUGAUAGUAUGUAAUUAUUUGGGUUAUUAGCUUAUGUAAGAUUCUCUCCCUUGAUUCUGAUAUAGCGCUACUGACUUGGCCCAAAGGCU